UUGGGUAUCAGUUAUUUCAAAACAAUCUCAAGCCUAGCUAUUCGUAUUCUCCAAUUGUAUUUAAGUUGAAGAGUAAGCGUGUCUCGCUGAAAGGCGGUACGUUGCCACUUUUUUGUCAAGAUAAGACCCACGAUUUUAUGAAAUAGUCGGAACGUGUCAGUGAGGCGACGAUCGUUCUUACGCAAAGGCUCCAGAACUUUCUGCUUUUUGAAGUGUCACGCGAUUUUUUUUUACUGUGGGCGGCCUUGGAUAUCUCGGGAAUUCCGUGACUUCUUGUGGGGAAUAAGAUGUCCACUGUUCUUGCUACUUUCUCCGUCCUCAAGGACCACGUCAAGUUGAGGGUCAACCAGGACUCUGUUGCUAUCGAUAAUAUCGUUUUCAAACUACACUAUCGAGCAACUUUCCUCAUCCUCUUGAUCGGUUGUCUGCUGGUCACGUCCCGACAAUUCAUUGGAGAUCACAUCAAAUGCAUAAUAGAUAAUGACGAAAGAAUUCUGGGGCACGUGAUUGACACAUUCUGCUUUUUCACAUCGACUUUCACCGUCUCGAAGUACAUGAAUGCGACGGAAGUGGAGUUGGGGCACAUUCCGCAUCCUGGCAUAGGAUCACACACUGAAGAAGACGAGAUUGUCCAUCACGCGUAUUACCAAUGGGUUCCAUUCGUCCUUUUCUUUCAAGCAAUCCUCUUCUACAUACCUCAUUAUCUGUGGCGCAGUGCGGAAGGUGGUCGCCUGAAGGUGCUGGUAUCAGGUCUCCAUACGGCGUCGCUGUGCUUGAGGGAUGAAAAACUGGACAUGGGAAAUGGCAAGUCAAUUCCUUCGAAGGCAGAUCGCGACGAGAAAAUUCAGAUAAUAAGAAAUGCCUUUUUGAAUCGUCUCCACGCGAAUAGACCCUGGGCAUAUUACCUAGGAUUUUGUGAGGUCCUGAACUUCGUGAAUGUCCUUGGCCAGAUUUACGUAACGAAUUGGUUCCUGGGGGGUGCUUUCAUGGACCUGGGGAACCUCGUGACCCAGGCAGACGAGACCGACUGGAACCAGAAGAUGACACCCCUUGACGUCGUCUUCCCGAAAGUCACCAAGUGCAUUUUCCAUAAGUACGGACCCUCCGGAGGAAUCCAGAGGCACGAUGCACUCUGCAUCAUGGCCCUGAACAUUGUCAAUGAGAAAAUCUACACUUUUCUGUGGUUCUGGUUUAUCAUCCUUGCGGUUAUCACUGGACUCGCACUAGUCUGGAGGAUUCUCACGAUGAUUCUACAUGCCAGGAGUAUCGGCUUCAACCGCUUAAUAUUUUCAAUGGCCUGUCCGGGUAAAUACAACCCCUGGGAUGUCCUCCGAGUGACUCACGAGUACCACUUCGGGGACUGGCUGUUUCUGUACUACAUCGCCAAGAACCUGGACAACUAUGUGUUCAAGGAGUUGCUGGAGCAGUUGGCCCACGAUAUGGAGGAUUGGAGGGCGAGUCGCUUGAAACAGCGUCUUCCUACGCUCGACGAGGAGGAGCCCUUGAAAACGAUCUAGCGGCCAUCAAUCACAGUUCACUCGAGGAUUCUCCGAGCUGAACCCUCGAGGACCAAAGUAUGUUCCUUCAAAAGAAUUUCGCUGACUUUCUUAGAUUUCGGGAAAUUACUCUGAAGCUUGUGUAAGGAACUAGUUGAUUUGUUACGCUUUAGUUCCAAACGCGCAUACCGAUACUCGAAAAUCGUUUUAUAUUGCUCCGAUUGUAAGAAAAUCGGUUCAAGAAAGUUUGCCCUUCUGCCUUUUUUCUAUUUUAUUUAAGAAUUAUAGAUUGCGAAAACCUCCUGGCGCAAUUUUCCGCGGAAAAACAUUUUCUUGUCAAUCAGUUCGUCAGCCGCUACGGACUGAAUUCAAAAAAAUAUCGUAUAUAUCGUAUAAUAUAGUAUAUUUUGUCUCUAGGUCUUUUUUGGCAAUUGCGAGUUUCAAAUUCAGUCUCAAAUUCGGUCUAAGAGAGAAAGAAUAUGUAGGAUUUAAUUUUUUUUUAUAGGAAUUCUCGGGCAUAAACUCGAGAUUUUUUCUUUGUAUUUUUUCAACGAUAGUAUUUUGAGAAUUUUUUUAACUUUUCCAUGCAUUUUUUUCUCACAUCGUACAUUUCAAACAAGGAAAUUCCUUCGAAAUUCAUCCAUGAGAAAUUUUGUAGACUCUCACUAGAAGUUUCACUGGAAAAUUUUCAAUAUUAUAUACAGAGAAAACUCAAUAGUGAAAUUGAUUCUGAAGUAUUAACUAUGAAGAGUCACCCUGACAUGCAAUAGAAAUUACAAUAUUUUUUUGGAAUUUUUACGGAAGAAAUGUAAUAUCAAGGUGAAAACUUCUUUGAAUGAUAAUAAAUUUUAAAUCAUUGACAAACGAAACUAUUUAACAGUAUUUAUUUACAAAAAAAAAUGCAGUAAAUUUUACUACAAACUGGUCUGGGGACUGCGUUGAGAUAAUUCCGAUCAUCGAACUCGAAUCGAUCGAUCGACCUUUCGGAGCGUCAAUCUUUUUUACAAGCGCAAUUGAUAAGUCUCCAUGACUCGUUGAAGCGGCUUUACUCAUUGUCUAAAUACCUCUGAAUGAUACGUAACAGGAAGUUGAAUAGUGAGUACAGAGGGACUAUGAGUGGGACAAACGAUGAUUCUGCCUUGCGUAAGGACACCCGUUUCUCUGAUAGAUAUCCAUGGCCGUUGGAUUCAUGGUACACGUCACUAUCCGGUUCGACAUGAUAGUGGUAACAAUGAUUGUUUAGAAAAAUUGUUGGGUGGUGAAAGGGUAUCUGGGGUUUGUAACAUUAGAUAUGGAAGCUGAAUGCUUCUAGCAUUGUGCGACGAAUAUCGGGUAAUUCUACCGGUCUGUACCUGUGAUAAAUUAUAUUCGAGUGAGUGAUAUGAAUAAAAUAUGAGCGACAGAAAAAUUUUAUGUAAUACGAGCAAACUGCACUUCACGGGCAAAUUGCAUCAGGAAUGACGUUAUCCUUUGAUUAAUGGAUUUAAUGGAUUUACCCCUUUGGGGGAGGGGUAAAAUGGAAUGCAUUUACUUAAUUGCCAAGUCAUUUAUUUAUUUUAUUUUGGGCUCAUGGAUUUUUAUUAAAAUUAUUUGUUUGUCAGAUUAAUCGAUAUUUAAUAGACCUCGAAGAUUCGAUGUAUUUCCUUUUGCCAUUUCGCUAAUGAACCCAUCAAUUUAGCUGAAUUUGAGUCACAGGAGAUGAGUGUACAUCGACAAUUGAAUGACGUAUUGAAUUAAAAAAUGGUUGAAGUGUCCAUUUGUCAAUUCGAUGAAUUUUGUACGAUUGAAAGAAUGUGUACUUGUCGUAUGGGAGAGAAAAGCUCACGGAUGAGAAACGUCUCCGGAUGUCACAUGCAUAUGAAAACAUAUUGAAUAAAUAUUUAUAGAAACAUG